AUGGCCAGCACUCGAUUUGAAGGUAGAAAAAGUGUGGAAGAUCUUGAAAUAGACAGACAACUCAAGAUUCUGAACAAGCCCUACGUCAAAAGCAUUAAGACCGAAGAAGGUGAUAUCUAUGACUGCAUUGAUAUCCAUAAACAACCGGCCUUUGAUCAUCCUUUGCUUGAGAAUCAUAGUAUUCAGAUGAAACCUAGUGCUUUCCCGAAGAAAGUGGUGAAUGCAACUUCACCUGCAGCCAGGCCUUCUGCAAAAGGGUUGAGUAAAUUAGGCUGCCCAUUCGGUACCGUUCCCAUCAAGAGGGUUCGAAAGGAAGACUUGAUAGGGGCUAAAAUGUUCAUGGAAAACACUCAUCCAACAGAGACUGAGACCUUUGCUGCAUAUCAUUAUGCAAAAAAAAUAUUAGCAAGCAGUCCAGGCAAAAACUAUUUGGGAGCCGCCGCAGAAGUCAAUAUACAAAAUCCACAAGCAAAGGAUAAUCAAUUCAGUCAAGCAUUUGUGCAGAUCAAAAGUGGCCCUGGUGUUGAAGUUAAUACCAUUCAAUUUGGAUGGAUGGUAUAUCCAAAAAUAUUUGGUGAUAAUAACACACGAACCUUUACCUCAUGGACUGCAGGUAAAGAUGGUUGUUUCAAUAUCUUGUGCCCAGGUUUUGUUCAAAUUAGCACAAAAUAUCCUCUUGGUUAUGUUCUCGGUAAUUCCAUUUAUGGAGGCGAACAAUUUGCAAUUUUUUGCAUCAUAUUCAAGGAUCCAAAAUCAGGAAAUUGGUGGCUUGCAUUUGACGACUUUGAAACAACUGUUGGGUAUUGGCCAAAUUCCUUAUUUACUAGUCUAUCGAGCUCAGCUAGUGAGAUAUCAUGGGGUGGAGGAGUUUACAGUGAUAGCAAUGAAGCUAGUCCCCCAAUGGGAAGCGGCCAUUUUGCAGAAGAUGGCUUCAGGAAGGCUGCUAAUUUUGAAAGCAUUCAAAUUGUUGAUGAAUCCAAAGACAUGGUAUCUCCUGAUGAAAAUUUACUGCACUUUUUCACAGAUAACCCAAAAUGUUACUCCAUAGCUCCACUUGAUACCCAUGAAAUACACCAUGCUUUCUUAUAUGGUGGUCCUGGUGGAAAUUGUGGAGACUAA